AACGCGAGGGCCCCGGUCUUCUCCAUUCGGCGGUCGAACGACGCGGACGUGUUGAGAGAGAGCGGAUACAUCUCGCCAAGCGAGCAGUUUUGUGCUCGACACACGCGCACGCAUACAUACACACAUACAAACAAAUACACACACACACAGUGAUCACGUGCUGAUCCGAGUAAUUUUACGCCGUGCGUAGAAUCACACGGAGGAUCGAAAAGUCGACGAUGGCCGAUCAGGAGGGCAAGGAUUUUAGCGAGGAUAUCGCGGAGCAGAACUUCGCCGAGCAGAACGGCGACGCCGAGAACGGUGCCGGUAUGGACGCUUCCGCGGAAAACAGCCAGGAGUCUCAGGAAGACAGGUCGGGUGGAGCUAACCAGGAUUCUCUGAACGAUAGGAAAUUAUUUGUUGGUGGUUUAAGUUGGGAAACAACUGACAAGGAACUGAGAGAACAUUUUAGCGCAUACGGCGAUAUCGAAAGUAUCAAUGUCAAGACAGAUCCUAAUACAGGACGAUCGAGAGGAUUUGCGUUUAUCGUCUUUGCUAAGGCUGAAUCUCUUGAUAAGAUUAUGGGAGCUGGUGAUCAUGUCAUCAAUAAUAAAAAGGUUGAUCCCAAGAAGGCGAAAGCCAGACAUGGUAAAAUAUUUGUCGGCGGUCUUUCAACGGAACUUUCCGACGAUGAUAUCAAAAAUUUCUUCUCACAAUUUGGAACCAUCGUCGAGGUGGAGAUGCCGUUCGAUAAAACAAAGAAUCAGAGGAAGGGAUUCUGUUUCAUCACUUUCGAAUCUGAACAAGUGGUUAAUGAAUUAUUGAAGACCUCAAAACAAACAAUAAAUGGUAAAGAGGUCGAUGUAAAGAAGGCGACACCCAAACCCGAUGGUAUGAUCGGUAUGCGCGGUGGACCGGGCGUUCGUGGUAGUCGUGGCGGCAGAGGUGGCCGAGGUCGUGGAUUCGGUCAGGGCGGAUGGGGACAAGGUGGCUAUGGCGGCAGUUACAGCAGUGGCUACGGCCAAGGAGGAUACGGCAGUGGCUACGAUGGAUAUGGAUACGAUUAUUACGGUGGCGGUGGGUACGGAGGUUACGGUGGCUACGACUACAGUGGAUACGACGGAUACGGCUACGGCGGUGGUAAUUACGAUGGUGGCUACAGUGGUGGGCGUGGUGGUGCACGCGGCAAAGGUAAUACGGAGCGCAAUUUCCGUUCUUCAAGAUUACAUUACUCGCCCAAUCAUUCCACUAAAUCACGUUAUCUUCGGCAAGAAUACCGAAAAGCGAGAACUCAACAAUCAGAUUUUUAACAAAUUAUUUGUUUUCUUUCUUUUUUUGUAUAUAUAAAUGUAUACAUAUUUGCUUUUGAAUUCCCAUAGAGCAUUUGCGUCCGCAUCGCAUAGCAUAUCGUGAAUAAUUAUAUUGAUAGAUUAUUUUAAUUUUGUCUACAAGAUAUAACACGAUGUGGAGAAAAAAAACUACCGUAUAUGAGUAAGCAGGCAAUGUUGUACUUUUUACAUAGCAUGCAAAAAUAGUGAGUAAGAAAAGAGAUAAGUCGAACUGUUUAUAAUAAGUGUGCGAGGUAUGAAACGAGAUAAAAGGAUUAUUGCUUCCUCUCUUAUUAGUAAGAUAAUAGGAUUAAAUAAAUUCUCGUUUUGUGUACAUAUCUCAUAUAUCCAUUUGUAGUGUGCUCUGACCUCCUAUACGGUAACUUAUUUUUUUUCUUUUUAAAACGCGACAUGUACACAUUUGUUUGAAACGUAUAGGAAAAUAAUCAUUUAUAUAUUAGAUUUAAAUAAGACUGACACAUACGCAACACACUUAAAGAAAUGUAUCAGACUUAUUGAUAGAACUAAUACUCUGUGAAUUCUGUCACACACACAUCUGCGAUCUGUUUUAAGUGUUUUCAUUCUGGAAAAUGACAAUGCACUUAACUUGUCGCAGCGUGCGCUAAGACAAAAUUCUUGCUCGAACAAAGAACAGCGCAUGUACAUUAUAUUUAUAUAAUCGACAUUCUCAUUCUACAAAAUGAGAAAAUUGUCACAGUAAGAUUUUUAAAGUACAACAGACAAUAUUGUAUUGAAAAUAAUGCAAUAUUGAGAUGUAUUGUAUUUUUGUCCGAGUAACAUACUAUGUUCUGAUCCUAUGUCACAAAAAGUAUUAUACAAGUUAAAAGAAUAAUCUUAUGUUAGCUCUAAAAAUUAUUAUUUAAAAUAAAUUAUAUAUCCCCAAAA